AUGCCGACGCAAAAUCCAUCCACACCGUCGACUCGCCCACCGGAGGAGCCUGACGAGCGGGCACCCCUGUUAGGGGGGCAAGAGGCCAGCCACGACGACCAUUCCAAAGUUACCUCAUUUCCCCGUCGUCGUCUCUUGCUCCUUGUAUGCCUUUGCGUUGUGGCCGCUGACUUCGGCAAUUACCUUGGCUAUGCCCCUCAUAUCGAGAUCAUUGAAUCGAUUAUCUGCCGCCAGGCUGGAAGCAACAACUCGUUUGGGGUGGAUGACAACUGCAAGUCGCCUCACGUGCAAGGAGAAUUGGCCUUGAUAAAUGGAUGGAAAGAUACCUUUGACCAAGUGCCAGGAAUCCUCCUUGCGCUUCCUUAUGGGUUCGCUGCCGACAGCAUAGGGCGUAAGCCCAUCCUGGCACUCAGUUUGACUGGGCUCAUUCUCGAAGAAAUUGCCAUGCGAUUAAUCUUUUUCUUUAAUUCUGCUCUGCCGGUCCGGAUGAUUUGGGCGACGCCCGUUUUUCAAAUCAUCGGCGGCGGACCCCAAAUAGCGACGGCUAUGGCCUACGCUAUGCUUACCGAUAUGGUGCCAAGUCAUCAAAGGGCAUCUGUUUUCUUCAUCUUGUCUGCUGCGACUCUACUCGGCGAAAUCGUUGCUACUCCAGUGGCUGCAUUCCUAAUGUCGUGGAGCCCAUGGAUUCCUUCGCUGUUUGGUCUGUUCUUUGAGUGUUUAGGACUGCUAGGAGCCACUUUUAUCUCUGAUAUACCCUUCAUUUCAGCCUCAUGCGACGACCAACGGAAUAUGGAGGAGGAUGGAGAAGAUGAAGAGAAUGCGGAACAAGGACAUAACUUGAGCUCGAUGGAUGAUCCACCAUAUGUACGUUGGAAGAAUGUCAUACGACGGCAGUGGAAACAGAUCCGACACGAUUAUAUGGCAUCCUGGAGCACAAACCUUUUCUGCACUGUGGGUGCAUUUUUACUUGCAAGUAUUGGUCGCCAAGCGCUACAACUUAUUGUUCAAUAUGCCUCAAAUCGCUUUUCUUGGAGCAUUGCGCGUGCCAGUUCGCUCAUCACGCUGAAGGGCAUUAUAAACCUCGCCACGUUAUUGUUUAUUCUUCCCUGGCUUUCCAACUGGCUGAAUCAACACUUACUUCUGUCCCCCGCUGCCAAGGAUCUCCGUAUUGUCCAAGGCAGUGUGUGGCUCUUAACUCUGGGUUCUGCUAUCAUGGCCGUUUCUGCUCAUCCGGCAUUAUUCAUUCUGGGCGUGAGCUUACUCGCGUUCGGAUGGGGUUUCUACUCCGCCCUGCGAAGUCUGGCCAUGGAAUUGGUAUCCCCCUCGCAGGUGGGUAUCGUAAACACGGCCAUUGGGUUCGCCCAAAGUAUCGGUUCUUUACUCUCAGGGCCCAUUCUAGCUGCCGCAUUCCGUCAGGGCCUGCAACAAGAUGGGUUCUUGGUGGGAUUGCCCUAUAUGGUUGCCGCUGGUCUAUUCUUCCUAUCCGGUUGCUUAACUGGCUGUGUUCAGAUCCCGCGGGGAAUAAGUGGCGCCUGA